AGUUAAUGACAUUUAUACCCUCAGGACCUUCCAAGAACAUGCCCCCCCGCCUGCAAAAGCUUCCUUCAUUAUCUGUACCUUAGUUGUCUUUUAUGCCCUUCUCUCCUUCUCCGAAAAAUCCCCAACCGGCAACAAACCUUUUUCUUCUCUAUAUAAUUCCUUUCCAAAUUCACAAUCCAAAUCCAAUUCUCCUUAAUUAUCAAUUUCUUUACUCUUUCCUAAUUCCAUGACUUCCAACAACCACAUCCCCCAAUCGGAAUCUGGAUUCCAAGAUUGGCUGCCGGUGAUGGCCGGAAAACUUGGGGGCGAGGGGCUGAUCGGAGAGCUGUGUAAUGGGUUCAAUCUCCUGAUGGAUAGAGAGAAGGGAGUGAUCAAUUUCGAGAGCUUGAAGAGGAAUGCGGCGGCUUUAGGACUUGGGGAUUUGAGUGAUGAUGAACUCAGAGGAAUGUUGAGGGAAGGGGACUUAAAUGGCGAUGGCGCUCUUAAUCAGAUGGAAUUUUGUGUUCUUAUGUUUAGAUUAAGUCCUGAAUUGAUGGAAGCUUCUCGUUAUUGCUUCCAUGAAAGUCUUCGUCGAGAAUUUAGGGAUUCUUUUUCUUGAUUUGUGAUUUUUCUUGUUGAUGGAAUUAAUGAAAUAUACUGCCAAAUUCAUAAACAAA